AUGCAACUCUGUCUGCAGAACGGCCUUCAUAUGCAUAGCAAGAGGCAAGACUUCUCGCAAGCCUUCUUAGUCAAGGAUGCAAACCAGGAGAUGUCUCGAGCACGCCUGUGGGCAUGGUUCAAGGUGGUUUGUCCCUGCGUCAACAUCUAUUGUGGACUUCCUCCGCAUCUUUUCGACGACUCCUGGGUACAAGAACUCCAUUGGGGAGACGAAUUCGUCUCGGGUGACUUAUCUAUCUACUGGAUGCAGCGGCUAGAGACUGUCAUGACAAGCUCGCUGAACACCUUGACGUCGGCAAGGUACGACGGCGAACAUGGCGACCCCGCCAACCCACUUACGGCUAUCAUCAAACAUUUUGAUGAUGAGGUUAUCAAGCUCAAGAAACAGUCUCACCCGCAUCUCGCUGCUAUCUGGUUCCUCUGCACUCGCCUUCAUCUGGGAGCUUAUCAUUUUUUCAUCUCCCGGUCAAAUUCCAAUUUAACUCACUUGAUCGAGGUCUAUCACCAGGCCUGUGCCUUUGUAGACAUUGUGGAGACUCGGGAUCAACAAGACGAUUAUGCUCUGUACAUUUCGGAGCAAUACUACCGGACUCUGAUGCUAGGGGCAAUAACGAUCCUACGGGUUUGUCGCAGCACUGAGCUAGCAGCGAAUGUUGAUCUUCUCAUGGGAGAGCGUUCCUACUUUGCUGCCAUCCGAAUUCUCAAGAAAAGAGUGUUGAGAAAUAAUGAUCUGAACGCUCAGAUGGCCACCAUACUUUCCCAGCUGUGGCAGAGUCAACGUGUGUUCCGCCAGCCAGGCGGAUCCCUGGACAGCUUGACCGUCCGGAUCCGGAGCAGAGGGGAGAUGGGUAUCGUGUACGAUUGCCUCUGGCAUUGGAGGCAGGAGCUUCGCGGGGAACUGAAUCCAUACCAAGAAGAAUGCAGCAGAGGCCCUGACGGUUCUAAUUCCGUUGCCUCUCUCACCUUUGACGGCACUAUUCACCCCAGUCUUGGACAAAACACCACAACGACGCAAACUUUUCCCGAACUCGAUGAGAAUUCCUUUCCGAAUAUGAUUGAUGACGAUGGCUUCUUUUCCGAAUGGAACUGGUCAAUGGACAAUUUGUUUGUUCCGCCGGCCAUUCAACAGCAUUUGAACGACAUGGAGUCGGGUGUUUGA